AUGAGGACUCGCGCACAAGGUGCCACGGGCGACGUCGAUGUCGCCUACCUCGCAAGCGUAUUCGAGCUCGCCGAACCGGACGUGCAGACGCUGUUGGACCAGCCGACCGCUGAACUUGUCCAUGAUUUCCUGCAAUCAAUCGCUAGCAAGGCUCAAGAGUAUGAUGCUCUGCGAGCUGAGAAGCUCCGUUUGGAGGUUGAGUUGGAAAACACCAUUCGCUCCACCGACGCCAAAGUCAAAGCCCACAAGGCAGCCGUCACUCGUCAAGCGAAUGAGGUCGAGGAUUUGAGGAAGAAAUUGAACGAGUCGGAAUCCGCGCGUGAGACGCUGGCCACCGAAACAGAGCACCUUCGAUUGUCAAGCUCAGGCACCACAGCCGAAACCCAGACCUUGCGACAAAGAAUCGAGUCGCUGGAAGCAUCUAAUCGCAGCGCUCUGGCGCUUGUAGAGAGCAAGUCGACGGAAAAAGACAACGCGGUUUCCGAGCUAUCUGAGCUGCACGGCAAGCUUCUCAAGUCCCGGACUGAAGUGAGCGAACUCGAGCAGGCAAACCAGGCGCUCGAAGAUGCGGUGUCUCAACAAAAGUUCAAGGAACACAGCCUUCAGCAGGAAAUUGCUCAACUCAAGAAGAACAAUGAGUGGCAUUCCAACGAACUCCAGACACGUACUUCAGACUUCAGCAAGUUCCGCAAAGAGCGCAAUGCCCGCAUAUCUACUCUUGAGCGUGAGCUCGAGGAGAGCAAUGCCACCGUCGAGGCAUUGCAGCGCACCGAGAAAACCCUUCGACAACGCUUGGAGGAGAUCCAGUCCAAGGCCGACGAUGCAUUUGCACGCAUUGCGAGCUUACAGGAGGAGGCAUCUCGGAAGGAGCAAGGCUUGCGGGCCGAAGUGGAUGGUAGCAAACGUCUGGCAGAGCUGCAGGCUCAAAAUGCCGCAACUCACAAGGCCCGCCUGCAGGAGGUCAAUGCACAGGUGGACCAGCUGAGGGACGAUGCCGCCGAGGAGAUCGGGCGUCUGCAGGCUGAGAUUGAAACUGAACGUGCAGACAAGGAGAACGUGGAGCGCACUGUGGCCGAGCUGGAACUCACAGUGGAGCGCUUGCAGCAGCAGCAGCAAGUGCGAACUUCUCGACCUGGGACGCCUAUGCGCAAUGGUGGAAUUGAGCCUCACACACCCGGACGAUUCGGGUCGCGUGCUGGAUCUCCCAAUGCUUUGGCAGGAUCGAUGCGCAAGUCGAUCGGUGGACUCAGCUUCACUCAGCUAUACGCCGAUUGCACUGAGGCUCGGGAGGAAUUAGAGAAUGAGCGCCGGCGCACGCACAAGCUUUCCACCGCCAUGGACGAGCUCAUCACACAGCUGGAAAACAAAAAGCCCGAGCUGGAAGACCUUCGCGCCGAGCACGACCGUUUAGAGAUUGAGGUUUCAAACUUUUCCCACCUUCUCGAUGAAGCGAAUGAGAACCGCGAUGCCGCCGUUCGUGAGUCUGAGCGCUUCCGAAGUGAAGCAGACGUCGCUGUACGCGAAGGUCAGAUACUGCGCCAACAACUGCGCGAUCUCUCGGCUCAGCUGAGAAUGCUUAUGGUCGACAGCCAAGCUCGCGAUCAAGGCCUCGCCGAGAUGUCUACAGAGGAACGCCUCGAGCUGGAGCGAUAUGCACGAGGUGAGAUCGACGAUUCUGCGCUCGAUGAAAUGUCCAGCACUGGCCAAUGGAUUUCCGAGCGGCUUGUACUCUUCCGAGACGUUUCCGAGCUGCAGGCGCAGAACGAGAAAUUGCUUCGUCUUACGCGCGAACUGGGCGAGAAGAUGGAGGGCGAAGAGGCACGAGAGCAGGCGAGACAAUCUGCCACGGACGCACAWGCGGUGGAGAACCUCCGACAACAGGUCGAUCGCUACAAGGACGAAAUUCAGUCAACCACGACACAGAUGGAAAGCUAUGUCAAGGAGCGCGAUAUGUUCAGACGCAUGCUUCAACACCGCGGACAACUCGCACCCGAUGCAGAUCUGCAGGCGAUGUUUGGGCAGAGCAUGGGACCAGGCACACCGCGGAGAGGCAGCAUUGCCCCUCAAGCAACUCCGCGCAAGGAAGACGACUGGGAGAAGUUAUUCAGAGAACUCCAAACGAGCUUCGAUCAGUACCGAGAGGAGAUCUCUCAGGACCGCAAGCAACUCAAGGAUCAAGCAGACAGCUUGGCUCGUGAGAAGAGCACACUACAAGCCGAUAUCGCCCGCGCCCAAUCACAGCUCACUCUUGCGUCCCAGCGUUACGACAUGCUUCAGUCGAACUUCAACGCAUCGAGGAGCGAGAAUAUCGAGCUGCAAAAACGCUACCAACAAACGGGUGAGCAGGCUGCUAAGCAGGGCGCCAAAGUCCAGCAGUUGGUAGAGGAUCUUGCGGAAUCUCAAGCCAAGGUAGAAUCUCAUCGAACCGACCUCGCCAACGCGAAAGCAGAAAAGGAGCUUUGGAAGCGCAUCGAGGCGCGCUUGACAGAGGACAACAAGAGUCUCAUGGAAGAGCGCAGCAGACUCAACAAGAAUCUUGUUGACCUCCAGAACUUACAGAACGAGCAUGCUCUGACCGAAUCUGAGACCCGCCGCCGGGUGGAGAGUCGUAUUGAGACGCUCGAGACGGAGUUGAGCAGCACCAAAAAGAAGCUCGACACUGAAGUCGACGAGAGCAGGAAGGCGGCACUGCGCCGGGAGUAUGAGGAAGGUCAAAGCCGCACGCGCAUUGAUGAUUUGGUCAAGAGCCUUGGCAACGUACGCGAGGAGCUCGUGGCUGCCAAGACUACCCGCGAUCAGCUGCAAACUCGCAUUGAUGAGAUGAAGAUCGAACUCCGGGCUGCCGAAGAGAAGGUCACGGCCCUGCAGCCUCGGCCGACGCCGCGCAACCAACCCUCGACUCAGAAUGGACAGGCGAACGCAGAUGGUGAAGAACUUUCGGCCGAGCAACGUCUUGCAUUUGAGGCAUCGGAGCUCCGUCGUGAUCUGGAGCUGUCAAAGGCUGAGGUCGAGAGUAUCAAGCAGCAGAUGCAGUACUAUAAAAGCAUCGCGCAGACUACCGAGGAGCAACUCGCGAAUCUCACAGAAACAGCCGACCAGUACAAGGAAGAUAACGAUGCUGCCCUGGYAGAGAAAGAUGCCAAGAUAGCAGAACUUGAGCAGCGCAUUGAAGACUUAAUUUCGGAGUUAACGACCACCAACUCUGAGCUUUCUGGGCUUCGUGCCAAGGCUGAGGACAGCGACCGUCUACUUGCUGAGCAAAAAGCCUCAUACGAGUCUGAAUUGGCCCGCCUACAUGACGAUGUUGAGGGUCACGCUGAGGCGAAGACCAUGUUCCAGCAAGAUAUCAAAGCGCAAGCAGAGAUCGCUCAGCAAGCUCAGCAGAGCUACGAAGACGAAUUGCUCAAGCACGCCGAAGCUGCCAAGUCUCUUCACACCGUGCGCAAGGAAUACAACGAUCUCCGCACCCAGGUUGCGGGAAUCAAGGCUGAAUGUGAAGMGGCUAAGGCGAGCUUGGAGCGUGGUGAAGAAAGCUGGGCUGAGCAGCGUGAGCGAUUCGAACGCGAAUUGGAAGAGGUCAAGCGGAGACGUCAAGAUGUCGACCAGCAAAACAAGUUGCUACACCAGCAAAUGGAGUCGUUUUCUGCAGAGCUUGCCGCUCUCCGUCAAGGUCGUGCUGCCAACACGGCCGAUAGCGAGGGCACGCCUUCUGGAUCUGGCGGUGAGAACAACUACCAAGAAGUCAUCAAGUUCCUGCGCCGCGAGAAGGAAAUUGUGGAUGUGCAGUACGAGCUAUCCAUUCAAGAGUCCAAGCGCCUUCAGCAGCAGCUCGACUAUGCCAACACGCAACUGGAGGAAGCGCGGCAGAAGCUGUCUGAUGAACGCCGACAAUCUGCCGAAAAGAUCAAUUCUGAAGCUAGCACCAGCAAGCUGACAGAUACUAUCAACGAGUUGAACGUCUUCCGCGAAUCAGCUACCACGCUGCGCAACGAGGCCCGACAAUCCCGCGACAAGCUCGCUGAGAAGAGCAAGGAGGUUGACCGUCUUUUUGCCGAGCUCGARCCGCUCAAGGGACGUGUUGGCGAGCUCGAGGGCCAGCUUGAGAGCAAGGAUGGUGAAUUCAAGCUCUUGCAGGCCGAUCGUGACCACUGGCGUGAGCGUACGCAAAAUAUCAUCAGCAAGUACGACCGUGUCGAUCCCGCCGAGCUGGAGGGUCUCAACAAGCAGUUGGAGGACCUAAAGGCUGAGAAAGAACGUCUCGAAGCUGAGCAAGGACCGAUGAAGGAGCAAAUCGAUGGGUUCGAGGCUCGUAUUGAGGAGGAGAGAUCGACCGUGCACGCCAGUCAACAAGCACGGAUUGAUACUAUCAAGCGACAGGCCAAGGAUCAGGACACCAAGCGGAAAGAUGCAAUCGCAAGGUUGACACAGGAGCGCCAGGCGCUCCAGUCAUCGUUUGACGCCCUCACUAGCGAGCUUGAAGAAACAAAGGUCAAAUUGGUCGAGGCCAAUGCCGCGCUAGAAGAAGCACGCGCCAGCACCUCAAAGGCGCAAGAUGACGAUGCUGAGGAAGGUCAAGUUCAAGAAGAUGGCUCGGCAACCGGCAACAGCGAGGAGCUUGCUGCUCUCCAGUCUCGUGCAUCCCAAGCUGAAGCCGGCGCGAGUGAGCAGCUCAGCCGCGCUGAUGGCUUGGCCGUCCAGGUCCAAGAAUUGGAGGCACGAGUGCAGGAAUACGAAGUCCAGGUUGCCAGCCUGCAACAGCAACUUGAAACAGCUCAGAAUGUUGGUGAGGUCGAGGCGACUACAUCUACCGAGACAGACACAGAGGCCUUGAAUAAACUCAAGCAUGAACUUGCCACGGCCCAGGAGGAGGUUGAAGCACUUCGUGCCRGCGCUUCUGCGCCCUCAGAACCUGUUGCAAACGCGGAGCCUGCCGCCGGCGAAAAGUCGGUGGCUGAUCAGGUGGCUGAAGAAGUCGCUAAGCUUCGUGCUGAGCUCGAGCAGCAGCAUCAGGUGGUGCUCGCUGAUAUGGAGGCGAAGACUAAGAACAGAAUCGAAACGAUGAAAAAGGGUUUGACGAAGCAACUCCAUGAUGGCAGAGCCAAGCAGCGUGAAGAGAUGCAAUCUGAGCUAGUCGCCAAGCAUUCGGAAGAAGUCCAGCGGUUGAAAGAUGGGCACGCAGCAGCCAUUGCACAGCUUAAGGAGGAGCACAAGGCAGAGCUUGAGAAGCUUACCGCAAGCGGAGCGGCCGCUGUGGAGAAGGCCGAAGUCGUGUCUGAGGCAGCGCCCCAAGCCGAGCUCAAUGUUGAAUCCUUGAAUUUGUCAACUGACCAGGCGAAGCAUCUGGUCAAGACCAACAAGAUCAUCAACGAGCUGUUGAAAGCUAACAUCAUCAGCAAGGUUGAGCAGCACACCGCGCCUUUGAAGGCACUCAUUGCCCAGAAGGAUGAUGAGAUUGCCAAGCUCAAAUCUGAACUUGAAAACAUGUCUAGCGCAUCGCACGAUGGUGCUGAGAACGGCGAUGCUGCAGCCCGCGUGGAGCUUGAGCGACAGCUUGAGGCCGCCAAAGAAGAGAGGGRGACUGCCGUGCGCCAGGCCGUUGAUGCUGCGGAGAAGAAAGUCAAGCUACAGCUCAACAUGCGUGACAUCGCCAUGGCCAAGAUCGCUGUCGUCAAGAAGGCCGCGGCCGAGACGCCGCAGAAGUCUGUCAAGGAGGUGUGGGAUGUUGCCGAUAAAGCUCGUCCCGCUGCACCAGCUGCCGCUACGGCAAAGUCAACCCCAGCGGCGGCAUCUUCAGCCUCUACCAAGCCUGCCAUACCUGCCACUCCCACCUCUGCUCAGGCUCCAGCAGCUGUCCCGGCAUCACAGGCGGCGAAUGUCGACAAGCUCAAAGCGAGGGAACAACGCUUCGGGUCUGCUUCCGCUCCUACCACUGCCACUCCAGCACAGGGUGCAGGACGUCCAACGCCCAGCGGCCCAGCGGCUACUACGGCUGGGGGUAUAGCCCCAGCCAAGCGUACGAUCGCUGCUCCGACUACAACGACGGCUGCACGCAGAACAUCGUCUUCUGGGCUUCCCGUGGCUGGCAGCAAGUUGCCAACUGCUCCUCGCAGCAGGUCUGGCAGCACUGCAGGCAACAACAGUCUGUCCAUCAAAGGAAGUGCGGCCGGCUCUCAACGCGGUGGGGCUAAUGGGCUAUCACGCGGCGGUCGUGGCGGGUUUGUCGGCCCUGGUCGUGGAGGUCAGGCGAAUGCUGGUCAAAAGCGUCAGCAUGACGGCGCUGACGGAGGUGAUGGCAACAAGAGAAUGAGAGGCGGAGCUCAAGGCGGAUCGGGCUAG